AUGCGUUUUACGAAUCUAAAAUGUGAAGAUUUACGCCUGGAUUUUUCGGUCUUCGAAGAAUGUCGUCUUGCGGUGGUAAAACGUGAUGUUAUUUCGCUGAACAUCAAUGUAAAACUAAUGCAAGUGCCGGUGACAAAUAUUACGGUGAAUUUAGCCUUUUUUAAAAAACUUAGCGGUUAUCGGCCAUAUAUUUACAACAUAACUGUAGAUUUUUGUAACUUUUUGAAGAAUAGUAAUCGACAGUCGUAUGCCAAGCUAUUUCUGGAUGCCAUAUUGAAGGAUUCUAAUGUCAAUCAUACUUGUCCUUUUAAUCACAACAUAAUUGUCAAAGAUUUAAUUUUGGAUGAAAGUAAAUUUAAAUAUUUUCCAAUUCCACGCGGUGAUUAUAUGUUUCGCAUCAAAGUUGCAGCCUAUAAUGACUGGAAAGCCGACGUUAAAGUUUAUUUUAGUAUAUUGGCAGAUUUAUGA